GAGAUCAGAAAAAGGACUAAAACAAUGAUACGAUCAAGACACAAGUUCAAGGUUAACUUCAAUAACUUCAAAAAUGGCACAGGACAGUAAAAUUCAAUAUCAUGUUAUUGAAUGGAGGCGCUAUCAAGAAAAUAUGAACGUUUGACAUUUGGAAGUAGGUUAUAUCUCCGGAGAGAACUGUACAGUAUUCAUUAUCGUAAUGGAUCUAUGAGCAGUCACGUCGACGCAAUUAUGGAAGUAGUCGGUUUGUUACGCAGAUCAGGAAGGCUUCCCGAAGACGAGGAAAUCGUCACGGUUUUAUUGGUGAGUUUAUCAGAUUCAUACUCAAGAUUUAUGACAGUGUUUGAGGGAAGAAACGAGGCAGAUUUGACGAUUGAAUACGUAACCGGAGAGAUAUUGAACGAGUAUCAGAGGCAUAGAAAGCGGUGAGUCAAACAAUAAAAAUUUUGAAGUGGUACUUCAGUCGGCAGGUGCGAAUACUAAGAAUAAAGAUCAUAUUAUUUUAUAACUGCCCAUCCUGCGUAGCGAACCACGUAGGCGCUACUGGAUUUUUCCAUCACUCUUGGGGCGACCGACUUUUGCGAAUAUAUUGGAUAGUAAUGU